AUGGCCCGUCCGUCGGAGAAUCCCCAAAGCGACAUUGGGUUCGCGGCGGUCCGCGCAUUCCGGGUCACGCCGCCGACUUCGCAGAAUGGCAAUUCACCUCCCAGACGAAUGCUGGGCGUGGCGGGACUGGACCCAGCCGACGCGCACAACUUGACGGUGAGUUUCGGCCCCGACCAGCGCCGCGAAGUACGUGUCGGUGAGCUUCCGGGAGAGCAGGUGUCCGGGGUAGGGAAGGUAGUCGGAGCGAUGAUUUGGUGGAGUUCUGGCGGCAGAGAAGCGAGACGCAAUUGUCCCGGCGACCGAGCUCACCAUGAUUCAUCAACAACUUCGCUAGAAGCAUCUUCAUUCAACCCGCAGUCGCAGUUUCGCUCCAGAACUCUCGCAGACAUGGCUUUCCGAUCCGCUUUCGACUCCAAAGACAUGAGCAACGACAUGCGCGACGCCAUCACAUACGCGCAGACCAGGGAGGAGGUCGACAGGUCUAAGAUUGCCCUGUGGAGGUAUUCCCUCUCUACCGCUGAGGCCGUGGCCGGGCAUGGACGGCACCCAGGUCGUGAGAAGGCUGGCACCACCUCACGCCACAUUGGCUAUCCAGGGUUUGCUCUGUUGGUUGCGUCGAGUUGGGGAGGUCAAUUGACUUACAUCCGGGAAAUCUCCCGGUUUCAGACGAGAAUAAGAGUUAUCGGGGCAAAGGUUCACGAGUUGAACGGGCGCGGCGUUUAG